AUGAGUUUAUACAAUGCCAAGACAGAAUUGGCAACUUACAUUGGCCCCUCCGCGAUGUUUCCGAUACUUCAAUAUCAAGGGUUUGUGCAACAACACCCCGACAAUCCUUCGUCUUCGGUCAUGCCCUAUAAUGUGCAAUCGGUGCUGGGAUUACAUUCUGGGCCAUCGCUUUCUACUCAAUUGAUGAUCGGUGAGCCUCAGCAGCAGCAACAACAUCACUAUGAUCAGCAAGUGCUAGAUGCUCAGCAAUUAGCGGCUGUGGAGGCCGCGAGACAGCAACAGGAGAUGCUCAGGGCUUAUGAGCAGCAACGAUAUCAGCAACAGGCACAGCAGCUUGACCCUAUGAGAUCUAAUAUCGGGUUCGAUAGUGCUGGAGCUGGACCCUCUACGGCAACUGGGUUUAAUAUCGGGUUCGAUAGUGCUGGAGCAGGACCUUCUACUGCAACUGGGUUUAAUAUCGGGUUCGAUACUGCUGGGGCUGGACCUUCUACGGCAACUGGGUUUAAUCAGAUGACUGAAGCGGCUUUGUCAACGUCCCUGGCUUUGGGCUCCUACGGCAACCCUUAUCAGAUUCAAGAACAGCCAGAAGAGCAAUCUCAUUCCCAACAGCUUCAGGUUGAGCUUCAUCCACAGUUUUUACUUCAGCAAGAGCAGCUGCAGCAUCAGCAGCUACAUCCACAGCCAGAGCAACCACCGGCGCCACAGAAGCAAGAGACGACUGGAACCGACGAGCGUAGGAGCAAUAUUG